UAACCCACUACGAAAAUGAGGGGGGUAGGGAGUGGAGCGGGGGAAUGGAAAGAGGCCGGGCUUCCUGUGCUCUCAUUGGUCCAACCCACCGCCUCACAUGGCCAGACCUCUAUAUAUGGGAGGCACCGACCUGGGGCCGUCUGCACGCUGGUCCUCUACCUUUCAGCGGAACGCUUUGCUCUUCUCAGGGUUUCUUACCUCCUCUUCUCGUCCGAAUUCACCAUGACCUUUCCCAAGCAGCUGCUAGGCAGGUGGCGCCUCGUGGAAAGUAAAGGAUUUGACGAGUACAUGAAGGAAUUGGGAGUGGGGAUGGCCCUGAGGAAAAUGGCCGGAAUGGCCAAACCAGAUGUUUAUAUCUCUGAAAAUGGGGGUGUAGUUACCAUUAAGACUGAGAGUACCAUAAAAACUACACAAAUCUCUUUUAAACUGGAUGAGAAAUUUGAUGAAACCACACCCGAUGGCAGGAAAACUCAGACUCUUUGUACCCUUGACAAUGAUACAUUGAUCCAGCUACAGGAAUGGGAUGGGAAGGAAAGCACAAUAACAAGAAAAGUAGAAGAUGGAAAGCUAUUGGUGGACUGUAUUAUGAACAAUGUGACUUGCCACAGGGUCUAUGAGAAGGCUGAGUAAAGAAAUUCCAUCUUCAUAUGGGACAGGAAUUAGCUGUUAUGAAUGAACCAGCUCAGUUCAAUGAGCAAACUCUCCAACCAAACUUUCUUGCUUUUUUCUUCUUCUCUUCUGUACUGUGGUCUGUUAUCAGUGACUGACUACUUGCAAACAGUUUUAUUUCCAAGCUUUGAUGUAAUUAGGAUUGUUUUGGCUAGUAAAUAAAGAAUUUUGCUGUUAUUAGA